CGCGCUUGUCGUCUCUUCCAUCUCAUUUCCUCUUUUCUUCUUCAGUCUUCAAGACAUCAAAUCCUAGACUCCUUUUCUUGAACCAUUCAAUUUGCCCAAUUGCUUUAUAUUCCAUUUCAAUCUCUUCCAUAUCCUAUAUCAAACCACUUCUGCACUUGAUCCAGAAAAAAAUCUCAGGAGCCUUGUUUAACUUUUUCGCAUAUUUCGCUUAAUAACUGAUUUAACUAUAAUCAACACAGCAAAACUCAGCAAACUUCAAUAUGUUUGGGCUCAAGAAACCUCAUUUUCACCACAGGAUCGCUAAAAACAACUCGGUUGACCCUAACUUGUCUGACAAACAUGCUCCAAACCCGUUCGAUUCUGAUGACGAGUUGGACAAAAAGUCCACCCUAAAACCGUCAAGAACUUCAUCUGAACCUACUGUAUUGGCCCAAGACUCAAGAGCCGCUCUUUUUGAUGACGAUGAGGUUAAAGGGUCAGGCUACAAAGUUAGUUACGCGUCGAGAAACAAAUACAAAAACGAUUUUGUUGAUACUGGUGGAAUAGAGAACCAAGAUGUGCAAGAGUUGGAGCAUUAUGCUGCGUAUAAGGCCGAGGAGACUACAAAAACCGUCAACAGUGCGUUGAAAAUUGCAGAAAACAUUCGCGAAGAUGCCACCAAAACCAUGAUUACGUUGCAUCAACAGGGUGAACAGAUCACCCGGACCCACAUGACUGCUGCUGAUAUCGAUCAGGAUCUUAGCAGGGGUGAGAAGCUUUUGGGAAGUUUAGGGGGCAUAUUCUCGAGAACGUGGAAGCCUAAGAAGGGCAGGGCAAUUACAGGACCAGUGAUCAUGAGAGACGAUCCUGCAAGACGAACGGGUGCCCAUUUGGAACAAAGAGAAAAACUGGGACUUACAGCAACGCCAACUAAGGGACAGCGGCAUUCGAGAACUCCGCCCCAUGAACCCACAAACGCUUUACAGAAAGUCAAGUAUGAGCAAGCAAAGCAAGAUGAUGCCCUCUCAGACUUGAGUAAUAUACUCGGGGAACUUAAGGAAAUGGCGGUUGACAUGGGUUCAGAGAUUGAAAGGCAAAACAAAGCUCUUAACCCACUUGAAGAUGAUGUUGAUGAGGUCACUUCCCGAGUUAGAGGUGCUAAUCAACGUACUCGACGUUUGCUUGGGAAGUAGAUUAAUGAUUCGCGAAUUUUACUUGACGCUUACUUCAUUCCUAGCUUGUGUGAUGUUGAUAAACAUGUGUAUGCCACCAUCAUUCUUUUGAUUGUUUUGAUUUGUUAAUAUAACAAAAACGUAGUCUAUUAACAUGGCAUGCGUUCUUAAUUGGUUUUGACUAGAGCUGGUAAAA